AAAUCGAGCAACAUGGCCUUCCUAUUUGGCUUAGUUGAGAUGACAACCCUCCUGAUCGCCACCGGCUUCUUGUUCAUGUUCCUCCUUAAGCUCCGGUCCAAGUUCAUGAAGAGAAAAGGCGCUGCAACUUUGCCCCCCAUGCCAGCAGGAUGGUUGCCGGUUGUCGGCCAUAUGCACCUGCUCUCCUCCAAGUCUCAAGUACUGAAGGAGACCUUUUCACGCUGGCAUGAAGAGUAUGGCCCUGUCCUGAUGCUCCAACUGGGCUUUCGCCGAAUGCUAGUUGUGAGCAGCUGGCAGAUGGCCAAGGAGUGCUUCACCACCAAUGACCUCAACUUCAGCAACCGGCCGCUCUGCGCCGCUGCCAAGCACUUGGCAGACGACGGCUACAUGUUUCCUUUUGCUCCGUAUGGAGAUCACUGGCGUGAGAUGAGAAAGAUAGCUGUGGAGGAGGUGCUCUCCAACCGGCGGAUUAGAUCUUUCGCAGAUGUGCGCACAUCCGAGAUCAAUGCACAAGUCAGUGAGGUCUAUAGGUUGUGGCUCGCCAAUGAGCAACAGCCGGUGAAGGUGGAUAUGAGGAAGUUGCUCGAGGACCUCACGUUCAAUGUGGUGGCUCGGACCGUGGCCGGUAAGGACUAUGCCAUAGGCCGAGGCGGCGACGACGACAAGGCACGUGCAUUUGCCCAUCGCAGCAGGGAGGCGGUGAGACUCUUUACCGUGUUUGUGGCGUCGGACUUUUUCCCAUUCCUUGAAGUGCUUGACAUCAAAGGGUGGAUUCGCACCAUGAAAAGGGUGGCUGGGGAGCUGGACGCAUUCCUUGGUCGGUGUGUGGAGGAACAUCGCCAGAGAAGGAAGUCCACCUCCGACUACAAUGGUCAUGACUUCAUUGACGUGUUGCUAUCUCAUUACAAGGAGGAUGAAGGAGCAAAUCGGGCAAUCAAGUCCGUUGUCACGUCGAUGAUGACUGCAGGAAAUGACAGUACUGCAGCGGCAAUGACCCGAACCAUUUACUUUUUGCUACUUCAUCCCAAUGCCAUAAGGAAGGUCCAAGAGGAGCUGGAUCACCAUGUGGGAAAAGAGAGAACAGUAGACGAGUCGGACAUUAAGAACUUGGUCUAUUUACAGGCCGUGAUCAAGGAAAGCCUACGGUUGGGCCCGCCCACCCCUCUGCUGGCCCUGCGCGAGUCCAUAGAGGAUUGCCACGUCGGUGGGUUCCGUGUUCCAGCUGGCACUCAUCUAGCGGUCAACUUGUGGAAGAUACAUCACGACCCUCAGGUUUGGACCAACCCGGACAAGUUUCAACCUGAGCGGUUUCUAGGAAGCAACGUGGACGUGCAUGGGAAGCACUUCCAGUUUAUCCCAUUCGGAUCGGGUCGGAGGAUCUGCCCAGGCAUCACAUUCGCACUCAGCAUGGAGCACAUUGUCCUGGCCCGUCUGCUCCAAGGCUUUGACUUACAGCUCCUUCUCGCCGACUCCUUCUUUGAUGAAAAUAAUCCUCUAGGGACCGGGACUGUCUUGAAUGUGCUUUUGACUCCCCGCUUGCCGCAAUCAUUGUAUGGCUAAUGAGCUGUUUGGCAACACUAACAUUUUGUUGUUGCUCCAUGAACUUGCCCUCAAAAAAUGAGUUAAAUUUAUAGAUACCAUUAUAGGUGUUCUAUGAAUCUAUCCCAUUUUUUUGGACAGGUUUUAUGAGGCAAUAACAAUAUGUUACGAUGAUUGCCAAACUGUCAUAAUGGACUUCUAAGGAUCGUAUGACAUCGUUGGACUCUACUUGAAAGUCUGCAAAAAAUAAAGCUUCUAAGCUAGUAUGUACUUUGUUUUCAAUUUCUUUAUAAUUGAAUAAAUAAAAUGGAGUCUAUUUUAAGCA